CCCGAACCGUCGUUUCUUCAUCACAAACAGUCGAAUCAGUGAAGGAUAGAAGAAGAAAAACCAAUCUGGAGUGGUUGUUUUAUAUAGUGAUCUCUCUUUCUGCGUCUUUGUGGUUAUUGGGUUUGGCCCCAUUUUUUUACUGUUUUGCAGGCUUUGAUUUUUUCAAACAAAGACUCGACUUUUGGAUUUUUUGGGGGGUCUUUGCGCCCCAAAAGUCUUCGUGCUGAAGAGCGUUGUUUCGUCGUUGUUUCGACCACAACUCUGUGGGGGGGUUACUUUGAGCGUGUUCUGUUAGGUUCUGGGGGUGAGUGUUCUUGGUCUCCUCACUGUCAUGGAAUGGAAAUUGCAGGUCAGUUUCUGAACUUAAUGUGUUUGACUUAAUUAUCUUCCGAUUUUUUUUCCAUCUGGGUCUCUUUGAAUCUCCUUGGUUUUUGAUGGGUGAGUGAGGGAGUUCAAUUGAGUCCUCGAGUUCUUGGGGUUCGAGGAGGGGAGGGGCGUUGGGAAUCUAUGGUUUGGAGGUCAGAGUCUGUAAUUCAGGGGUUGAUGUGGUUUUUCUGAUCUAGACAUGUUUUAAUUUUGGGUGUUUUCCGUGGAUCGUAGUGAUAAGGAGUCGAAUUGCUUUGUUCUGAUCUCUUUCUCUCCUCCUCUUUCCCCCCUCUCUCUUUUUAUGUAAUCUGAAUUUUCAGCGGGUUUCUGUCUACAAUUGAUCUAUAUCGUGGAUUGAAGGCUUGUUCUUUGUAUUGAAUAAAGCCGUGGACUAGUGGUUGUUGGGCUUGUUCUUCUCUUUCCAGUAUUUGAAUGUAUUUCUACUCGUGAGAAUAUUUUGAAGAAAAAACAAUAAGGGAUUUUUGAUGGAUCUUUAUGUGUUGAUGACCAUGAAUAUCAAUGUUCUGGCUGUUCUUUGCUUUGCUUUUUUCUGGUUGUUGCUGAGUGCUAGUGUAAUCCAUGGUACCGAGACUGAUAUUUACUGCUUGAAAACCCUAAAAGAUUCACUAAAAGACCCCUUCGGCUACUUAAACACUUCAUGGAAUUUCGCCAACAAAACAGAAGGAUUCAUAUGUAAAUUUACUGGGAUCGAUUGUUGGCACCCCGACGAGAGUAAGGUCCUAAACAUCCGCCUCUCAGACAUGGGACUCAAAGGCCAGUUCCCCAAGGGUAUUGAGAACUGCACUAGCUUGACAGGUUUAGAUCUUUCCAGCAACAAUCUCUCUGGACCCAUUCCAUUGGAUAUCUCUAAAAGGCUCCCUUUUGUAACCACCCUUGAUCUCUCCUCAAACGAUUUCAGUGGUCCGAUCCCAGUAAGUCUUGCGAACUGUACCUAUUUGAACUCCCUCAAACUCGACAACAACCAAUUAACAGGGAGUAUCCCGCUUGAAUUCAGUGGGCUCAAUCGGCUCAAGACAUUUAGUGUCUCCAACAAUCGCUUAUCCGGACCUAUCCCUCACUUUUCUAGCCCCAAUUCUACUAUUUUAGCAGAUAACUUUGCGAAUAAUCUGGGACUCUGUGGACCUCCUUUGGAUAAUGAUUGCAUUGGAGCUCCUAAGAAAUCACAUGGUGCAGUUAUCAUCGGAUCGGCAGUUGCUGGAGUGGUUGUUACACUUUUAGUAGUUUCUGUUGUUCUCUACUUCUGGAUGCGCAGAGUGUCUAUAAAGAAGAAGGAAGAAGACCUUGAAGGAAACAGAUGGGCGAAGAAUAUCAAGGGAACAAAGGGUAUCAAGGUUUCUAUGUUUGAGAAGUCAGUUUCAAAAAUGAGGUUGAGUGAUCUCAUGAAGGCUACUAACAGUUUCAGCAAAGACAACAUCAUUGGCUCAGGAAGAACAGGGACAAUGUACAAGGCAUCGCUCCCGGAUGGUUCUUCACUUAUGGUGAAGAGAUUACAAGACACUCAACAUUCAGAGAAGCAAUUCAUAUCUGAAAUGUCUACCUUGGGGAGUGUAAAGCAUCGUAAUUUGGUUCCGCUUUUGGGCUUCUGCACGGCAAAGAAAGAGAGGUUUCUGGUAUAUAAGCAUAUGCCAAAUGGGAACCUCCAUGAUAAAUUGCAUCUCGUGGAGGCUGAAGCCAAGCCCAUGGAAUGGUCACUAAGACUAAAGAUUGGGAUAGGAGCAGCCAGAGGUCUGGCAUGGCUCCACCAUAGCUGCAACCCCCGCAUUAUUCAUCGAAACAUAAGUUCCAAAUGCAUCUUAUUGGAUGAAGAUUUUGAGCCAAAAAUAUCCAAUUUUGGACUUGCAAGGCUCAUGAACCCUGUUGAUACACACUUGAGUACUUUUGUGAAUGGAGAUUUUGGGGACUUGGGUUAUGUUGCUCCUGAGUAUACCCGAACACUGAUGGCUACUCCUAAGGGAGAUGUUUACAGCUUUGGAAUUGUGCUUCUUGAGUUGGUCACAGGUGAGAGACCUACCCACGUGUCAAAUGCUCCUGAAGGCUUCAAGGGGAAUUUGGCUGAGUGGGUGACACAUCUGUCAAGCAACUCUAAUCUCCAUGAUGCCAUUGAUAAGUCUUUGGUUGGAAAUGGUUUUGAUGGUGAGCUCCUCCAGUUUCUUAAAGUUGCUUGUAAUUGCAUAGUGCCAACUGCAAAGGAGAGGCCUACUAUGUUUGAAGUAUACCAGCUUCUAAGAGCUAUUGGGGAGAGAUACAAUUUCACAGUUGAUGAUGAGAUUUUGGUGCCAUCUGACUCUGGUGACGCUGACAUCCCUGAUGAACUUAUUGUUGCUCGAAAUGAAGAACCACUAAAAACCUACAAGUAAAAUGUGGUACAAUAUUUUAACAGAAGAACUACAAGAAAUCUUUAAUGUUUGUACUUGAAUAGAAUGGUUCUAUUUAUAGAAUUUUGGUUUUCAAUUUAGCUGUUCUAUGUUGGAAGCUCAUCUGUGUAUGUUGUAUUUCCCAUGUAAUUGAAGAAUUAUCCCUUACCUCUGUCUGUCUUUCUUUCUGUUUAUUGAAUUAUAGAUGGAAUCUGGAAUAGAUAGGAUUUUAUUGUAGCUUUAAAAUCCAACUUAUUGUUUCUCAAGAAAUGAGAACCAAUGAAAAGUCACAAGUUAAAUGCGGUUCAAGAUUUUAA